CUCACAGCAACCUUACUACUACUCAGACACUCCCCAAAUAUACUAUACUAGUCCGCCAUUGACACCCAGCUUCUCUUAUACAAAAAUGGCGGCCUUAAUGAACACACUUGCCGCAAUUAAGCUGUCAUCAACUACAAGAAAUACCCAUUUCAAAUCUCGCCCUUCUAUGUUCCCUCGUUCUAUCUUCUUCACUAGAAGAAGGUUUACUAUUAGAGCAGCAGAUACUGAUACUGAUGAGGUGAAAGCUCAGAUACCAGAUAAGGCACCAUCAAAGGAUGGUUCUAGCUUCAAUCAGCUUCUUGGAAUCAAGGGAGCUGCUCAAGAAACAAACAAAUGGAAAAUUCGUCUCCAGCUUACAAAGCCAGUUACAUGGCCUCCAUUGGUUUGGGGAGUAGUUUGUGGAGCUGCAGCCUCAGGAAACUUUCAUUGGACUCUAGAAGAUGUGGCCAAAUCAAUUCUUUGCAUGAUUAUGUCCGGACCUUGCCUGACUGGCUAUACCCAGACCUUAAAUGAUUGGUAUGAUCGUGAGAUUGAUGCCAUUAAUGAACCUUAUCGUCCAAUUCCUUCAGGAGCAAUUUCUGAGAAUGAGGUGAUUAGUCAAAUUUGGGUGCUGUUUCUAGCCGGACUUGGUAUUGCUGGAGGUUUGGACGUGUGGGCAGGGCAUAACUUCCCCGUGAUUUUCUACUUGGCUUUGGGUGGAUCUUUUAUCUCGUAUAUUUAUUCUGCUCCUCCUUUGAAGCUUAAACAAAAUGGUUGGAUUGGCAAUUUUGCUCUUGGAUCAAGCUACAUUGGUUUACCAUGGUGGGCCGGUCAAGCUCUGUUUGGGAUUCUAACCCCCGAUAUAAUUGUUUUGACACUUCUGUACAGCCUUGCCGGACUUGGCAUUGCCAUUGUUAACGACUUUAAGAGCAUCGAAGGUGACAAAGCAAUGGGACUGCAGUCUCUUCCAGUUGCUUUUGGCGUUGAUACUGCGAAAUGGAUUUGCGUUGGUGCUAUUGACGUAACUCAGUUGUCAGUUGUUGGUAUGCUCUUGGUUGGUUAUUGCUCUCAGCUCCGUGCCUACCGAACCUGCAAUAAGCAUCAAGAAACCAACUCAACAAAAAACUCUAGCUUAUGGUUACCCAAUAUCUCCUAAAAGAUCCCAUCAAAUAUGAUGUCAAAUAUCAGGCAAGUGCACAACCGUUUCUGAUUCUUGGUCUUCUAGUGACUGCAUUGGCAACCAGUCAUUAGUCGCAUUUCGUAUGAGCUGUUUCAGUUUGGUCGGCAAUGGCUCAAUCGGAAGCGAGGCAUGAAUAUGCCGACAAGAGCAGUCAAUAGGGCAUGUUUCCUGUUUGGUUGAGCGGCCAUUGUUUGAUGCAGUGAAACAGGACAGAGAUUUUGCCUUUCUCUCAGACUGCGCUGAAUUGAUGCAUACCCUUGAUUUGAUAGUGUUUUAGCUCAAGUAAUGCUUCUUUGAUGAUUUAGGUUGUGUGUAUUAGAGAUUAGAGUAGGAUUUUAUUGAAUGCGUUUCACCCAUUUGGUUUGUUCUUCAUUCCAAUGUCUUUAAAUUUUGAUGAAUAAGGGUGAAUAUCAAUGCAAUGAUACAGGACAUGUUUCCUGAUUGGAUUGCUGUUUUUGAGACACCAAAAACAUUUGCGGAUCAUUUGGUAUGGAAUUAUGAAAUUUUAAAAA